UCCCGGGAGUCCUGGCGGCUGUUAACGCGCGCUUUGGGAAGAGGAAGGUUGAGGGGGUGUGCUUGGGCUGAGGUUCAGCCUUGCCGCUCUUUCCAGCCUCGCCUGGGAUUACCCUCCCAAGGCCGGAUCUUCUACUUGUCCUGCCUGGACCCCUGCUCGGCCUCCCUCAGUCCGGCAUCCGCACUCCUCCGGACUCGCCCUCCCCAGGCCUCGAAUCUUCACCGUAACCUCUCGCCUGGCCUGUGAUUACCCUUUCCCCCCCGCAGCUACCCCCUGCCUUCACGUCCACCUGGGAACAUUAUCUCGACUCCACUCUGCUCAGUCUGGCAGUCUACCUUGCCUCUUUGCCCCAUCCCAGACCUCUACUCAUUUCUGCUUGGGUAUUUCCUUUUUGGCCUUCUCUUCCGCCUCGGCUGCCUCGGCUAACUGGAGACCGACACUUUCACAGUUUGGGCCCAAACCUCAGCCCCUGGCUGUAUUCCCUCUAUCCAUGCUCCCUCUUUAAUUAGCCCAUGCUCUCAGUAAUGUAGCAGCCCGCUCUUUACCAGGCUUCUGCGUUCUCAGCUGUUGGGUGCCUUUGACCUUUGGCUGAUGGGUACUUGACAUUUUAUGUUCCUGGCCCAGAAUGAGGAGGAGCUUAGCUCCCAGUCAGCUGGCCAAGAGAAAACCGGAAGGCGGACCCAGUGAUGAGGAAGACUGGCGGCCUGGAGCAGUGACUCCUAAGAAACGGAAAUCCAGCAGUGAGACCCAGAGCCAGGAGUGUUUCCUGUCUCCUUUUCGGAAACCUUUGACUCAACUAACGAAUCGACCACCGUGUCUGGACAGCAGUCAACAUGAAGCGUUUAUUCGAAGCAUUUUGUCAAAGCCUUUCAAAAUCCCCAUUCCAAAUUAUCAAGGUCCUCUGGGCUCUCGGGCAUUGGGCCUCAAAAGGGCUGGGGUCCGCCGGGCCCUCCAUGACCCUCUGGAAGAAGGUGCCUUGGUUCUGUACGAGCCUCCCUUGCUGAGCGCCCACGACCAGCUGAAGCUUGACAAGGAAAAACUCCCUGUCCAUGUGGUCGUUGAUCCUAUUCUCAGUAAGGUCUUGAGGCCUCAUCAGAGAGAGGGAGUGAAGUUCCUGUGGGAGUGUGUCACCAGUCGGCGCAUCCCUGGUAGCCAUGGCUGCAUCAUGGCUGAUGAGAUGGGCCUGGGCAAGACGCUGCAGUGCAUCACAUUGAUGUGGACGCUUUUGCGCCAGAGUCCAGAGUGCAAGCCAGAAAUUGACAAGGCAGUGGUGGUGUCGCCCUCCAGCCUAGUGAAGAACUGGUACAAUGAAGUUGGGAAAUGGCUUGGAGGGAGGAUCCAACCUCUAGCCAUCGACGGAGGCUCUAAGGACGAGAUAGACCAAAAGCUGGAAGGAUUUAUGAACCAGCGUGGAGCCAGAGUGCCUUCUCCCAUCCUCAUCAUUUCCUAUGAGACUUUCCGCCUUCAUGUCAGAGUCCUCCGGAGAGGGAGUGUUGGACUGGUCAUAUGUGAUGAGGGACACAGGCUCAAGAACUCUGAGAAUCAGACUUACCAGGCCCUGGACAGCUUGAACACCAGCCGACGGGUCCUCAUCUCCGGGACUCCCAUCCAGAAUGAUCUCCUUGAGUAUUUCAGCUUGGUACAUUUUGUUAAUUCGGGAAUCCUGGGAACUGCCCAGGAGUUCAAGAAGCAUUUUGAAUUGCCAAUUUUGAAGGGUCGAGAUGCAGCUGCCAGUGAGGAAGAUAGGCAUCUAGGAGAGGAGCGACUGCGGGAGCUCAUCAGCAUUGUGAAUAGGUGCCUGAUACGGAGGACAUCUGAUAUCCUUUCUAAAUAUCUGCCUGUGAAGAUCGAGCAGGUGGUUUGUUGUAGGCUGACACCCCUUCAGACUGAAUUAUACAAGAGGUUUUUGAGACAGGCCAAGCCAGCAGAAGAGUUGCGUGAGGGCAAGAUGAGUGUGUCUUCCCUUUCUUCCAUCACUUCACUAAAGAAACUAUGUAAUCAUCCAGCUCUAAUCUAUGACAAGUGUGUGGAGGAAGAGGAUGGCUUUGAAGGUACCUUGGACAUAUUUCCCCCUGGGUAUAGCUCCAAGGCUCUAGAACCUCAGCUGUCAGGUAAGAUGCUGGUCCUUGAUUACAUUCUGGCGGUGACCCGAAGUCGCAGCAGUGACAAAGUAGUGCUGGUGUCCAAUUACACUCAGACAUUGGACCUCUUUGAGAAACUCUGCCGGGCCCGAAGGUACUUAUAUGUUCGCUUGGAUGGCACAAUGUCCAUUAAGAAGCGAGCCAAGGUUGUGGAGCGCUUCAACAAUCCGUCCAGUCCUGACUUUGUCUUCAUGCUGAGCAGCAAAGCUGGGGGCUGUGGCCUCAAUCUCAUUGGGGCUAACCGACUGGUCAUGUUUGACCCUGACUGGAACCCAGCCAAUGAUGAACAAGCCAUGGCCCGGGUCUGGCGUGACGGUCAAAAGAAGACCUGUUAUAUCUAUCGCCUGCUCUCUGCAGGAACCAUUGAGGAGAAGAUCUUUCAGCGUCAGAGCCACAAGAAGGCACUGAGCAGCUGUGUGGUGGAUGAGGAGCAGGAUGUGGAGCGGCACUUCUCUCUCGGCGAGUUGAAGGAGCUGUUCACCCUGGAUGAGGCUAGCCUCAGUGACACACAUGACAGGUUGCGCUGCCGCCGCUGUGUCAACAGCUACCAGGUCUGGCCACCCCCUGAUGGUUCUGACUGCACCUCAGACCUGGCUCAGUGGAACCACAGCACUGAUAAGCGGGGGCUCAAGGAUGAGGUACUCCAGGCUGCCUGGGAUGCCGCUUCCACUGUCAUCACCUUCGUCUUCCACCAGCAUUCCCAUGAGGAGCAGCGGGGCCUCCACUGAUAACCAGCUGGUCUGGUGUGUAGCUGUUAGAGGAAGAAGUUGGGGAAAGGGGGCUCCCUGCCCCAUAGGGCACUGUUGAAUUUUGUUCUCUGAGAGAAAAGUCAUCAAGAAGGGCUGCAUGAUGUUUGCCCAAAAUUUAUUUUAUAAGAAAAACUUUUUUGGUUAAAAAAAAGAAAGGAAUAAAGGUAUGAAAGGGACUGAGGCCUGGGAGCAGCAUGGUGAGCCCAGUAGAGGAGAGGCCUGGUAGUGGGCACUCCUACACUUCACUAAAGCCUGGGUAACUGCUUGAGGAGGGAAAGCAGGAACCCCGG